CCGGCCUCCAUCAUGGUGUGUACAGGUGUGCUGACUGGACUCCUCCUGUUCUCCCUGUCCUCCUCUGUGGUAUCAGCAGACAAGGUGAAUCGGGAGACUCUCGCUAAAAUCAUCCAAGUCUUUGAGAGCAGAUAUAAACCAUCUGAACAGACCGACAGUGGUGACGGUGCCCAGUACGCUGUGGCCAUCAAAGUCCCAGCAGAACAGUGUAUGGAAAAUUUCGAUGAGAAGUUCCUUAGCUAUGAGGACACAGAUACUGUCAGGAAUGACCUCAUGACGAAGAGACUUUACAAGGGAAAAAAGAUGGUCGCUGCCAGACCAAAGGGCACGGGCUCCAAAGCCUUCCACUCAGAGCGUGUCUUGCUCAUGUGUGAAGAUCGUAUCCGAACUGUCACUCCUGUGCGAGUCCUGCUGAACAAUGGAGAUGAAAAUGACUGUUUGGUGUUCUACACCUACAACUCUCCAUGUCUGGACUACUGUCUGAACCAAAAAAAUGACAACGACCAACAGAACCGGGAGAGGGCCCAGAAAGAGAGAGGAAAUACUAAUGUCACCCCCGCUGUGAAGAAGUGCAUCCUGGACUCUCUCAGAGUACUGACCAAUCACCCCGGUCCCAAGGCCUUUGUGUUCAGUCAGGUCUAUAGGAAGGACAGAGAAAACACCAAGCUGGCCUCUGCCCUGAAGGAGGUUGCAGAGAAGGUCCCCCUCUACAAAUGUAACACCAACCGCUGUAUCGAGUGCCUGGAUAACAAUAACAACUUCAACAAUCAAUGCCUGUCCUAAGCGAGACACAUUGUAAUCAUGUCCAAAUGGAUAUUCAUCUUUUUUCUCUCAAAGAAUAUUAAUGAUUUGUAACUUGAUUUAUUAACAUAUAUUAAUACUCUUUGACUACUGUUAAUUAUGCACUUGUGAUUUGAAAUCAUUUAAUAAAUAUCACAGCAACAAUUACA